CGGACGCCCUGGAGACCCCACCUUACCCCACCCCCUCAAGUGGCUGAACCUGCAGUGCUGACAGGCCCGCAUGGGCCGUACCGCCACCCAGCCCAUCCCUGAUUGGACAGACUCAUCAAGGAGGUUAGUCAAGAGGCACAACUGUUUGCGAGAAACUGGGUCAUUUCUAAGAAACCCCUGCUGCAAAAAGCUGAAGGGUGAGGCAAACAGAAAGAAAAGAGAAGAGCCUUUCAUGAAAAGGAAAGUGAAAGAAGCAAGGGGACACUACAAAAGAAGACCCCUGCUGCACCGGCCGGCAUUCUCAGGACUGCCGCAGCCUCUGCAGUGUCUCCCACGCCUGGUUCAUCCGGACCGCUGAGCACCUCUUCCAACGCCCCGCUGUGAACCUAGGUCCUGGAAGAUGGCAGAUGUGCCCAACGGCGAGCAGGGGUGCGCCUCCCCACUGGAGCUGUUCAACAGCAUAGCGGCUCAAGGGGAACGCGUGAGAGCCCUCAAGGCCGGGAAGGCAUCGCAGGAUGAAAUUGAUUCUGCAGUAAAGAUGCUGUUAUCUUUAAAAACAAGCUACAAAGCUGCCGUGGGGGACGAUUACAAGGCCGACUGCCCUCCAGGGAACCCGGCACCUGGGGGUCAUAAUGACCCGGCAGCCAAAGAAGCUGAAGAGGAUUUUGUGGACCCGUGGACGGUACAGACAAGCAGUGCAAAAGGCAUUGACUACGACAAGCUCAUUGUUCGGUUCGGAAGCAGUAAAAUUGACAAAGAGCUGAUAAACCGGAUAGAGAGAGCCACGGGCCAGAGGCCUCACCGCUUUCUACGCAGAGGCAUCUUCUUCUCACACAGAGAUAUGAAUCAGGUCCUCGAUGCCUAUGAAAACAAGAAGCCAUUUUAUCUGUACACGGGCAGGGGCCCCUCCUCCGAAGCCAUGCAUCCUGCCCUGCAGGGGGCCCAGACCAAAAUGAGCGCCAGCGACCCCAAUUCCUCCAUCUUCCUCACCGACACAGCCAAGCAGAUCAAGACCAAGGUCAACAAGCACGCGUUUUCUGGAGGGAGAGACACCGUCGAGGAGCACAAGCAGUUUGGGGGCAACUGCGACGUGGACGUGUCCUUCAUGUACNCCUACGGCUACGCUGUGGAGAAUGCCAAGGACAUCAUCGCCUGCGGCUUUGACAUCAACAAGACCUUCAUCUUCUCUGACCUUGACUACAUGGGUGGCUGGUGGGUACCUCCCUCCCCAGUGUCCCGGCUGGUGUCGCUCCCGCGGGUUUCAGUGGAAGGCCCCCCUCUGGGCCUGGGGUUUGAUUCUGAGCGUCUUUGCAGGAUGAGCCCCGGCUUCUACAGGAACGUGGAUUACACCAGCGGGGCCAUGCUCACAGGUGAGCUCAAGAUGGCGCUCAUCGAGGUCCUGCAGCCCUUGAUCGCGGAGCACCAGGCCCGGCGCAAGGAAGUCACGGACGAGAUCGUGAAAGAGUUCAUGACUCCCCGGAAGCUGUCCUACGACUUUCAGUAACGCUCAUUAUAUCUGCAUAUAGAGAUAUAAUCCAGCAUAAUCCCCGCUUCACUUAGGCUGUCACAUGGUAAUUACUGGUGUCUGUAAGCCCUGUGCGUCUGGCAAUACUGUUUCUUCCUUACUGUCAUCCCUUCAGUCUCUGGUGGGCAGCACCCUGUGAGCUGACUAGGUGCUGGGGAGCAGGGCGUGCUCAGACAGGCACGUCCAGCUGGAGUCUCUCCCACGAAGCAGCCCCAGGACGUGGAGCCUUUGGCGCCAUGCCCGCUGGCCAGCCUCUCCUGGCCCACAGCAGGACUUCCGUUUGAAAGCAUCCUGCGGUUCCACAUGUACUCUUGAAACCUGCUCGUAAAAAACCUGUAGUCUAUGUAUGCAUAUCUGGAAUCCAAAUGCCAUUAUUAUGAAACUAACUCCAUCCCCCCAAAAAAACAAAAAGAAUUGCUAGCUAGACGCUGUACUACGCAUUUGACUGAGAGUUCUUCCAGCCUGAAGCUGCUUUUGACACUGAUUAUUGGCCAAAGUUGUCCACUUUUAUUAAAUUGUCUUUUGUCGGAGAAACUUGCCAGGUUACUCACUGGAGUUUAGAUUCCAGCCCGUGCAUGCGUUCUACUCCAGAAGUCACCCCCUUUCCCUUAACAUACGAAUAUUUUGUUUCCGCCAAACAACCCUACACACUCCACCCGGAAAGCCAGCGGCGGCUUUGCUCUGACUGCCACAGGCCGAGUCGGCCCUUGACGGGCGUGGAGGUCUGCACGGAGCAGUGCCCCACCCGCGUCCCCGGGCGGGUGGGCACGGCCAGCAAGCGGCAGCAGCCCCCAAGGCCCUCAGCGAUGUGUCCGCGGGAGCCCGCUCAAUCGGGUGCCCUGUGUAGUUUGGGAAAGCGGAAGAACACCCCAGGGAGAGCCCCUGGUUGAGGCGUCUGUCCUUCCUGGAGGCGCAGGGUCCACUCCUGAGUCCUCUCCCUCAUGUCAGUCAUCAGCGUAAAUAAACCACCUCUGGUCCCACCUG